AUGAUUAAUGAGAUAACAGUAUCAAAAUCAUGCUAUGAUGACUUUUCAAUCAUGUCAUCAUGUCGUACAUUCGAAAUUAUAGCUGACAACACACCCCUUUACGUAAAUGCUGGCUGGCUGGCUGAACUUUCACCUUUUUUUGCUGAUUACUGCUUCGGAGAGACAGCACAGCAACAGCUACGAAUAAACGACUACACUUAUUCGGAAGUUUUGGAAUGCAUGAGAUGCAUUUUCUUCUGCCCCAUGAGGAAACCUCUCACAGUCCACAAUGUGCCACUCGUUCUGCGAUUUGCAACUCAGUAUGACAUGGAUCCUGUUAUUGCACGAUGUGAUAGAUUCAUCACUCAAAACGUUGCAACAUUAGACCGUAAGAGGCUCUUCCAGGUGACUCGUACUCUGUCCAGAUGUGAUCACAACGUAACAAGCAUGAGUGUUUUAGUGAACCGAUUAGCUUCGAUAAAGGAAGAUAGUCUAGUAGAGAUGAAUUUCAAUGAAAUGCCGGGACAGGUCGUUGCCGAAGUUUAUAAGGAAAAAAUCCGCCGUAGAGAGCAUGCCACGAAUAAAUGGUUAUGCCCCUUGUGA